AAACGUAGGAGGAGAAAGCUUUUUUCACCCUCUUUCAGAAAAUGGUGGUGGAAGAGAGGCUCCUCUUCUGAAAUCAUUCUGAAAAGGGCAGUCAAGAAUUCACAAUAUAAAAAAUUGUGCUAAAUUCUUUAAAAUAUUUAAUUUAUCAUCAUCACAUUUUCUUGGACACAUUUCCAAGAAUUGCAUGCCAUUGAAUUAGCCGCUGGGGAAUGCAAAUAUUUGCAGCAGAAACAACUGGAUUGUAUUCUUUUUGGACUGCCUCUUUUGCCCUUUUGGGUAUCGAAACAGAGCUGUGACAUAGACCAGCUCUAAUUUGGUCAUUGCAGUAAGAGGGGGCUAGCUAGUUUGUGUGUAGUGCAUUGUUUUGGUAUAUAUUUGUUUGUGAAAUUAUACAAAUUUGUGUUGUUGAUGUUGAAAAAUCUUAAGUCCGAGUAGUUUUUGGCUCGGUGGGGGGUUUAUCUAAAGAAAGCUGGCGAUUUUGUAUACCAAAUUGUACAGAAUCCUGGCUGUUGGCAGAUAUUAUCACUGCCUCCACCGUUGUGGCGUAUGAGCGAUGGGGGGAAGAUGGAACACAAGUGGAAUUCAGCUGAUCUGCUUAUCGAUUUUUAUUCUUGUCUUGAAAAUUCAAGGACAUUGCUUGCUCAAUUAUGAAGGAUUUGCAUUACUUUCAUUUCGUGCUUCGGUUGUAUCAGAUCCACUAGGUGCUUUAUCAGACUGGAAUCCUGAUGACUGUAACCCAUGCCUGUGGUCAGGUGUUCAUUGUGUCAAUGGUCGAGUGCAAAUGCUGGAUCUUGCUGGGCUUUCACUUCAAGGAGGCUUAGCACCAAGUCUUGGAAAACUUACUCAUUUAAAAAUCCUAAUACUCUCUCAUAACCAAUUUUCUGGUUCUGUCCCUAAGGAGUAUAGUGGUCUUCCAAUGCUGGAGAUUAUGGACUUACGGAGUAAUAGUUUGAACGGAAUCAUUCCAUCUGAGAUUACAGAGAUGCCUUCACUAAAGUGUUUGUUGGUUCAGAACAAUAAUUUUGAAGGUGUAGCAUCUAAACAGAACAGAAACAUCGAUAUUUCCACUAAACUGCUUUCUGAUGGAAAGCAUGUAUCUGGUGCUGCCGCUGAAUACAGUUGUGUAAAUAGAAAAUUGGGGCACCGCAUCUUUCACUGUCAUAUCUUAUCACUGAAGAAUAAAGAAGCGUUCACAAAAGCAGAAACCCGGCUGAAAGCAGAACUCGUCAGCACGCAGAUCCAAGAGACACUGAAUCAUUAUCUCCGUAUGUUGCCUUCGCCCAAGUUUGAAGAAAGUCUCUUUACAGAUGAUGCUGAGGUUUUCUGCAAUAAUCCCCGAAGUUCUUCUGAGUCACAUAACCUAGAUAACACUGUACGUCGUAGGCUAGCUGAACAGUCCAGUAAUCUGGCUGCUGCUCCAGCUACCGGUGCUUCUGCUGCAGAGCCUAUUAUUGUUCUUCCUAGUACUAGGAGUAGUGGAUCAUUUCCUGCUGUCCCGAAGGAAAAGAAAGAACCUUUGCACUCUCCUGCACCUGCGCCUCCUAAACAUCACCAUUCUGUUGCUCAACCUCAAAAUGCCAAUAACAGAUAUUCCGGAGAUGAGUGGAAAUACAUAGUUGGAAUAUUAGUUGCUGUUUUUUUCGCGUUGCUGGUCACAUUCAUAUGCUUUGUCUGCCGUAACCUGGCAGUAAAAAACAUACGUCCUUGGAAGACUGGAUUGAGUGGACAAUUACAGAAAGCAUUUGUGACAGGUGUUCCUAAGCUAAACCGGGAUGAGCUAGAAACUGCCUGUGAGGAUUUCAGCAACAUAUUUGAAGCUCAUGAUUCCGUCACUGUCUAUAAGGGUAUACUAUCUAGUGGAGUUGAGAUUGCUGUUGCCUCAACCUCGAUUAAAUCUCGUAAGGAAUGGUCAAAGAGGUCAGAAUAUGUCUAUCGAAAGCAGAUUGAUUCACUCUCACGGAUAAACCACAAGAACUUUGCCAACCUUAUUGGUUACUGUGAGGAGAAUGAACCUUUUGCAAGGAUGCUGGUAUUUGAGUUUGUGCCUAAUGGGACUCUAUUUCAGCAUUUACACAUGAAAGAACUUGAACAUCUCGAUUGGAAUGCACGGGUGAGGAUCAUCAUGGGAAUAGCUUACUGCCUGCAAUAUAUGCAUGGCCUAAAUCCCCCAAUGCCACAUUCCAACCUAAAAUCACACACAAUCUUUUUAACUGAAGAUUAUGCUGCAAAAAUUGCUGAGACUGAAUUCUGGAAUGAACUUCAAUACAAAUCAAGGGUGUCUACAAGAAAAGAAUCGGGACAUUGUGAUCUUCCACCUCCCGCGGAUGUUGAAACAGAUGUCUACAAUUUCGGAGUCCUGCUGCUGGAGAUAAUAUCAGGAAGGCUCUCAUUUUCAGAAGAGCAGGGGCACAUUGUGACCUGGGCCUCUAAGUACCUAACAGACAAACAGAAGUAUAAAUGUAUGAUAGAUCAUACUUUGAAAGCCUUCAAAAAUGAUGAGCUUGAAGUUAUCUGUGAUAUCGUCCAAGAAUGCAUCCACCAGGAUCCUUGGAAGAGACCGACUUUAAACGAGAUCAUAUCCAGGCUGCGAGAAGUUAUCAGAGUAUCAGCAGAUUCAGCUGCUCCAAGACUCUCUCCCCUUUGGUGGGCUGAGCUGGAGAUUUUGUCAGCAGAAGCAGCAUGAUUUGGAACUCUUCAGGUUGUAACAUGUAUCACUGAUACACCAAGUACAAAUAGACCACCUUCCUUCCCUA